CCUCUCCCACCUACAACGGUAGAGAGGUAACCCAAUAACGCUUUACGAUAGAGGUGUGUCUUCACAUCAGACUAACUCAUGUUGCACGUGAUAGAAUUAUAUUCAUACUUUGGAUAUAACACAAAAGUACUUUCAACAGUGGAAAUAACGAUAUUCAUAGACUAUACAAGUGAGAUGUAACGCGCUGUGGAUAUAAUGUGCUAUCAGAAUUAAGCACAAAAGGACAGGCUGUCUGCUUGUUUAUUGCGGCGUUAUUAUUCUGUGUGAGCACCUAUACUGGACGUACACAGAAGAUGUGUAGUUUCCUAACCAAUCUUCUAUUUGUAUACACUGUGUUCGAGAGGAGAGUCUGUGCCCUUUCUUGUGGGUGGAUCUAGCUUGUGUUUUUUUUUCUAUCGACUGUCAUCUCAUUUGUUUGUGUAAACAUGGGGAACGUUGUUUCUAGGUGUGCCCAGAACCUGAGAAACGCCUUAAAGACUUGUUCUAAAAAACGGCCAGAAGAAGAGGCAAUGCUGUCAACGUUUGACAGCGAGCCGCUGGAGAAGUGUCAGGAGUCCGUGUUUGACCAGCCGGAUAAAAGGACGAGCAGAAGCGAGAGCCAGUCCUCGCUGGUCAGGCUGGAGGAGAAGAUCGAGCCCGUCGAUUGUAAGAUCGCCUUCACGGACCUGACGGUCAGUAGGGCCGCGGGCACGCCCGGCCACACAGCUGGGCGCGCCGGAUAUCGGAAGUUGCAGUGUUCCGACUCUGACGACACGGAGGCGAGCGAUGCCGCGGGUAGACGGUUUGUUGACCGGGCGUCUCAGACCAACAUGGACCCAGCCGACCCUGCCAGUCUGGAGCCGACCGUCUUCAGCAAAGAGUAUAUUGUAAAAACAUACAGGAUUAAGAACGCCACACCGUCCCCAGCAACACAGCCUAAAUUCCCACCUGCAAACCAUUCUAGCAGCUUGCCGCAAUCGUUGGUAGUAGAGCAGGCCAAGGAAACAGACCCAUCCCACAAUACUCCAUUAGCUAAUCUAGAGAGGCGUCAGGACGAUGUUUUGAAGAGAUUAGAGCAGCUGCAGCAAUCUGUAACUCAACUGUCUAGGCAGUACAAUGUGUCUGAGACCACUUUAUCUUCUCAUGUUUCCACAUGCUGUUCCAGUGCUCCAAAGUGCCAGCCUAACCAGUCUCUGGCAAAAAGUGGCAGUGCCCUUGACCUAGUUAUAAGUGUAGAUCCAGCCAGUAUCCCCCUGUCAUUGAUUGCACUGUGUGAGAGCCUAUCAAAACAGUACACCGUCUUCAAGUCGACCUACAUCCACUCCAGUGUUUCUAACUCUGUGCCAGAGAAGCUGCAAACUUUGUUGACUUCCAAUGGAACCAUUAAGAGGGGGGAUAGCCAGAUUGCCAUUUCUCUGGUGUGGAAGAAAGUUUCCAAUGGCCCAGAGCUGAUGGUAGAUCCAACUAGGCAGACAGUAAUUCAAGGCGAGGCCAACGUGGCCAGAUACCUGGCCCGCCUCCUGUACCCUGACUGGGAUGACACAAACAUCUUCACCACCCAGGUCGACGACCUCCUCGACACCGCUCAGCUCCAGAUCCUUGAGGGCAACUCCAAGGAGAAGGCUGCGGCUGUCAGAACUUUGAAUUCCGCGCUGGGCAAGCGUGACUGGCUGCUGGGCAGUGAGCCGAGCCUGGCUGAUGUGUUCUGCUGGUCAGCGCUGCAUCAGACCUCCCAAGUGGCUGGUAGCCCUAACAAUGUAAAAAAAUGGCUGAAGCAAUGCCAGAAUCACCCGAGCUUUGAAUGUGUGGCUGGAUUAGUAGCUGAAGUAUAGCUGUCCUGGAUGUGAAGUGUGUGUGUGGCCCCUAAAAUUUCACACUGUGAUAACUACACCAUGUCUGAAGAAUAAAUGUGUUAAUAUUUUAAGCCUGCUUGUACUCUUAUUAAUGAUUGUUGUUGAUGAUUAUUAAUUUUGUUGAUUCAUGAAUUAAAAGACUGACUUCUGUUCCAA